CGGUGGGUGUGGGGCAGAGGGUGGGCUCCUCUGUGUGCCCUUGGCCCCCUGCUGCUGGGGGGACACUUGCCUGUCCGUGUUUUGUGCCCCCCUUGCGCCAGCUCUCGCUCUUGCGUCCGCGGCUCCUCGUAGGACGAGCAAUCAGAGGCUGCUGAGGGCCGGGGUCCUGCUGGCCGGGCACCCCGUCACUGCUCUGUGUAUUUCAGAUCCUGGGCUCCCCUGGCCCAAAUGUAAGAGCUGAGAGCUUCCUGCAGCUUGUCCCAAGAUACCUGCAGAGCAACUGCAGCAUGACGCGUUCCCUGCUGCUCAAAGGCCUCAACGUGAUCUGCGACACACCGUGGAUGGUCCCAAAAAUGCGGUUCCUGGUGCAAAGACUCACGGAUCUACUGCAAGACGCAGAUAUGGAUAUGGUCAGGAUGACCCUGUCUGUGCUCAGGAAGGUGGUCCGUGACCCGAGCGUCCCAAUUUCCACCCCCAUCGCUCUGCAGCUGGCUGAGAGGCUCCAGCCACUCUUUGACAACGAGUCCUGGUAUGUGCGACAGCUCUCCGUCAGCAUCUUUAAAAAGGUGAUAGAGCGUGUAGCAAAUGAUGGAAAAAAGCUGCUGAAGACGCUUGUGCACCAGAGCCUGCUCCCCCUGAUCUUCCACGUGUUUGAUGAGAACAAGGCCGUGGCAGCGACCUGUAGGGAUACCCUGCUGCAAGCUACCGCUUUCCUGAAGAAGGAGAAGCUCAGGCAGGUGGUGUUAAGGGAUCAGCAGACAGAGGCGAUCGGCGAGUGCCUGCUGGUAGAGUGCCGCAGCAGAGCAGCAGAGUACCUGUGUCAGUCAUUGACGUACGUGCAGAGCCCACAGGACUCCAUACGAGAGGCAGCCGUCGCGUUCCUUGGUGAGGCACAACCCCCCAGCCAGGGUCCCUCCCAGCCGUACUGCAGCUCAGCCCCAGCCCCGGGUGCUGCACGGGCAGCAGGAUUCGGCCCAGUGGCUCUGGAGCCGCCACUGCCCAAUGUGGGUUACACGGGGCUCCCCGCCACCCUCUCCCUCCCCUGCCCUUGGGCAUCACGCUUGGGGCAGAGCCCGGGCUCAGCCCUGCCAGGGGCAGGGGCGCCUGUGGCCGGGCUGCUGUGGGGGAGCUGCGCUGCUGGGGCGAGCAGGAGCGGUGACGGGCUGUGUGUUUCCAGGGGUCCUUGGGCAGCACAUGAGGGCUCAGCCGGAGAAGUUCCAGCUCGUCUACCACAGUGAGUGAGGGCAGCGGGGUGUCAGCAGGGACUGGUGGGGAGGAGGAAGGACCCUGGCCAGGGAGCUGCAAUCCCUGCCCCGGCCGGGGAGGGCUCUGCUCCCUGCGCAGACGAGGGGUGGUGGGGGCAGAGCAGAGGGAGGUUUCAAGGACACGUGGGCUAUUCGUGGCCAGCUCCUUCCAUCCGAUCCCGUUGGCCGCUGUUCCCCCUGGCCAUCCGAAGAGCUGGUGGGGUGGCCCUGGCAGGAGGGGUUUCUGGUUCCCUGUGGAUCCGCGCUCUAACCUUGGCUCUGUUCCUCUCUGUUCCAGCCAUUCAACACGCGACAAAGGACAGCAGCCCCUACGUCCAACGCCAGGCACUUCACACUCUGCCCCUGCUGAGAGCUGCAGUGGCAAAUGGCUCCUCCAGAUCCAGGCUGCAGGAACUGCAGAGCCAACUCCGCCAGGCGUGGAGGAGGCGGCGGCCUUCUCUCUGGGGCAAUGGCUGGCUGUGCUGCUGGGGCUCUGCGCAGGACUGAUCCCAGCACCGCCAUGUGCUCCUCCUUCAUUAAACAGUUUAUGGAGUGUCUGAACCUGCAGAUCUCGAGUUACUGCUCUUCUGCCCUUCUGUCUCCAACCAGUGGGUCUUGCUUUGGCAUGGGAGAAGAAGAGAAAAAGGGUUCUUGUGCUCAGCAACAACAGUUGCCCAGGCAUGCAGCGUGGUAGGAAAAGUGACCAGAAAGCCCUUUGCCCCUUGCUUCAUCUGCUGAAGCCUCUAAUGCUUCCGACAAAGCCCUUGCGCAGAGCCCGGAGUUGUGGGGAUCCCUGAAAAACUCGUCCUGGGAGAUGUCCACAAAUACUCUUCCAGCCGUGACCUGCCAUUUGCUUCUUGCUGACGGGAUAGUUGAGGGGUCCGAGUUGCCUCUUGAACCGGCUCCGGUUUCCUGUUUCCAGGCAAAAUGCUGCCAUUUGUGUCAAAAUCAGUGUUUAAAAUCUAUUUUGUUUUUCAAAGGGAGCUGUUACGGCAUUCUCUCCAGAAUUUGAAAUUUAGUUUUGAUGUCCUCUACCUCCUGUGCUCUACACAUUAUGUUUUGUCAAUCUACAGGUUUUUAUCCUUUGUUUCUGCACAAGUGUUUCUCCCAGCUCUAGGAAAUGUCCCGGUGCUCUUCCUGUGUUUUCCUUGUACUGUUUCCUAGCGUCUUUUUUUGAAGAGAUGUGUUUGAAACCCUGAGUAAUGCAUCUUUGUGCCUUAGUAGCAAGCACUGAGCCCAAGUGAUUUAAAGCAAAGAUGGCCGGAGCUCUCUGCCUCUCUGGGGCUGGGAUGUCAGGGGGGUUGGUUGCUGCAGGAAGGCUGUUUACCCUGCAUUCUUCCUAAAUUGCAGUGGAGGCACAAGGCGUGGUGUACCCACGGUGUACCCAUGCCCAGGGGUUCAUCAGUCUCAGCCUGAGAAAUCUGAGCACUGCUCUAGGAGAGCAGCACACGAGUUUGACACUUUAGCACAGGAUUUUGAUACGGUAGCACGGGAGUUUGCUACCGGUUGUUUGCUUUUUCCCCAUGACCGUUUGCCCUGAGGCAAAGCUCUUUCAGGCCCCAAAGCCCCAUCUCCCUGGCACUCUAGUCAGUCCCCAGGGUUAUGCGCCAGUCUUAUGGCUUUGCCCGAAAAUCUCACCAAAAGCAUCACCUUUACUAGAUGGGAUUAAUUGCUUCAGUUGCACCUACUCCUCUGGAGCCAUCUGUUUGCAAGUAGCUACAUUCUCCCUGAUGUUGCUCUGGUAGAGCCCUGAGUCUUUGGACAAGCUCGUGGAUAAAACAUGGGGUUCCAUGAAGCACAGGAGCUAUUCCUCAAAGGCUUCCCAUGGGGAACUGAGGUGCAUCGGGGUUUGCUGGAUCUUUAAGAUCACAGCCAGAAGGGGCAGCUCUAAGCAGUGCCAGUG